GACGGUUGAUGAUUGACGGUUGAUCUACUUCCUGGAGAUUCUCAUCUCUGUUCAUCUCUACUAUUCAGAAGAGCUGCCCCAAGAUCAUCGCUGCUCAUCAUCAAUACCCCCAUGCUCGCCUCAGAUGGCCGGCCCUCUCGAGCAAGUAUGGCGGAGGCAGCAGGUCAUAGCCCAGGACAAGCCCGUCGACUCCAAUGCAGGGACUAUUUUGGCCAUUACCGCGACGAUGAUGGGACUGUCGUUCAUCGUGGUGGCAUUACGAUGCUGGAUCCGACAGGUGAUGUUGAAAUCGUUCAAUAUUGACGAUGCCGUCAUGGUCGUGGCUCUGGGCAUGGCCAUCGGCUGUAUGACCUGUUUCAUUGGCAUGGCCAAAAACGGCGCCGGUCGCUUCGCAAAAGACAUCCUCCCCGAAUGGCAACAAGGACUGGCGUACUGGUCGUACAUCAUCGGUAUCUUCCAGGUUACAGGAAUUAGUCUGGUCAAGAUCUCAAUUGCGUUUUUCCUGCGGCGGUUCGUGCAGACAAAAUGGCAGAGACAUUUUACCAUGGUGCUACUCAUUUUCUGUGCUGUUUUCAUGAUCUAUUCGAUUCUCACAUUCGUGCUGGCAUGCAUCCCCCUUUCGGCCCUGUGGAAAAUCACGCCCAGCGCAAGGUGUUGGUCGAAAGACACACUCGGCUUGCUGGGGACAGUCAAUGGAGUGAUCAACGUUACAACCGACCUCAUUUUCGUGAUUCUACCAAUUCCUGUUGUCAUCAAGCUGCAAGUGAACAGAAGGACGAAAAUUACACUGGUGGCCAUUCUGAGCCUUGGACUGUUCGCUUGUGUGGCCUCAGUCGCACGGAUGAUAUAUGCUUACGAGAUGUUCGCUGACCCCAACUAUACACGAAACUAUAACUUUCUCAUUUGGUUCAAUGUCGAACUACAUGCCGGUAUCCUGUCUGCAUCCCUGCCAGCUCUACGACCACUGUUCGCAAAGAUCCUACAAAAUACAUCUCGACAUCUUCGAACCCGUGGCUACAAUUACGGUAGCAGAUACGGCAACCGGUAUGGAAACCAAUCGGGGAACACGCAUACCCGGAGCGGAUAUCGCCGACAAGAUGACAUUCCAAUGGACACGCGGAACUUUGCGCGAGAGGACGGUUACAAUGCUCAAGUCAGCACGGCGAGCGCGAAGAUUUUAGGAGAUGAUGGAAGCGAGGGUGGGAUCCUGCCACCAAAGGGCGGUAUAUCCAAGCGGACGGAAAUUAUCGUGCAAGAAGCUAGAGACGGGCCCGAAGAGUAUGGGAAACAAGUUGUUUGAAGUACGGUUGAUGCAAGGGCAAGAUGGCCUGCGAGCUCUAUAUCAAUUCAAAGUGC